AUGUUAUCGCGGCAGUUCUCGAGAUUGAGCCGGAAGCUCGCUGCCUCGUCUUCAGUCGCUGCUCAGAAAGGCCGAGAGGUCGACAUGUGCAUUGUCGGUGGAGGCAUCAUUGGACUCGCCACAGCUCGAGAAGUCAACAUUCGCCAUCCGGAUUUGUCCCUCGCCGUUGUCGAAAAAGAACCAGAACUGGCUCUUCAUCAGUCUGGAUCUAAUUCAGGUGUUAUCCACGCUGGAAUCUACUACGUUCCUGGAUCUCUCAAGGCCAAACUCUGUGUAAAAGGCCUGAAGAUGAUGUACGACUACUGCGACGAGCACAACAUCCCUUACAAACGUUGCGGAAAGCUGAUCGUCGCGACAGAAGAAGAAGAAUUGCCGAGACUAGAUGCUCUCUGGGAUAGAGCCAUCGCCAACGGUUGCACUGUAAACAUGGUCGAUGCAGCGGGAAUCAAAGAAAUUGAACCUUAUUGUACUGGCUUGCGCGCUAUCCACUCCCCUCUCACAGGAAUCAUCGAUUACCAAGUUGUCUCAAGAAACUACGCCAAAGAGGUCCAAGAAAAAGGCCACGAAGUCACCUGUAACUAUGAAGUUGCAUCUUUCGACGAUGUUGGUGGCGAUUAUCCGAUUUCUGUAAAGAGCGCGUCCGGAGAUGAGAUUAGAGCAAAAUACGUCGUCACAUGCGCUGGUCUUCACGCUGAUCGAGUUGCCAAAAAGUCAGGUGGAGAGGAAAUCCCCAAAAUCGUACCUUUCCGUGGCGAUUAUCUCCUAAUGGCACCCGAUAAAGCUAAAUGGAUCAAUGGAAAUAUCUACCCAGUUCCAAACCCGAAAUUCCCCUUCCUCGGCGUCCACUACACUCCAAGAAUGAACGGUGACGUUUGGCUCGGACCAAAUGCCGUUCUUUGCAUGAAGCGAGAGGGCUACAACUUGUUCGACUUCGAUCUCAAGGACUGUCUCGACAUCGCCCGAUUCCCUGGCAUUUACAAACUUGUGCUCAAGAACAUCGGCGCUGGCAUGGGAGAGCUCUGGCGAACAUUCAACUUGAAUGCUCAGCUGAAGGAUCUUCAGCGCUUCGUUCCGGAACUUCAGCGAGAGGAUAUUAUGCGAGGCCCUGCUGGUGUUCGAGCUCAAGCGAUGGAUUACUCUGGUGCUCUCGUCGACGAUUUCAUCUUCGACCAGGGAACUGGACCCCUCGCCAAUCGAAUGCUUCACGUGAGAAACGCGCCAUCUCCAGCUUGCACUGCCUCGCUCGCCAUCGCCGAGAUGAUUGGUGACGAGGUUGAAGCUAAACUUCUCAAGCUCUAA